GCAGAAGAGCUUUCACUCACGCGGCUUCAGGAGGCGGAAGAACAGAGAGCUCCACCGCUGCGACGCAGGUUUUAUUCCGGCAGGGCCCUGUAUAUAAUUUUAACGAACCAAUGACUAUUGCAAGACACAGGAAUAGAUGUCUGUACAGAACACCACGAGUCUGUUGCAGUAUAUGCAGUGAUACAAAGCUGAAAGAUCCUUUCUCACUAGCACAAAAAGACUUGCAACAUUUAUAUGACGACAUAAAAAAGCAGUUGCUCGUCUCUAAAGCGGAGCUGAAAGCGCUGUGUGAUUAUUACUUUGAUGGAAAGGGAAAAGCCUUUCGACCAAUGAUUGUAAUCCUGAUGGCUCGAGCUUGUAACGUCCACAGCAAUAAAGAGGGGGUUCUGCUGCCGGCGCAGCGCUCCAUCGCUAUGAUCUCUGAGAUGAUCCACACUGCCAGCCUGGUGCAUGAUGACGUUAUUGAUGAUUCAGACACAAGACGUGGCAAAAACACCAUUAAUCAAGUCUGGGGAGAGAGAAAA